UAUGACGACUUCCGACACAAAGGCUAAUGGUGGAGGAACAUUGUCGCGUCCUUCCUUAUAGGGCCUUAGUGUGAACAUGUGAAAAGACGCCAGGACGCGAAGAAUCGCUCGAGCCACGUGGAAACACGAGAGACGACGCAACGAACGCAAUAAUUCGCAACGGGGAUUUUGCUGGUUUUUGAUUCGAGUGAUUUAUCAAAUUUCGAGUUUUAAGAAGUUUUUGUAUUCAAAGUAUCUCCAGAAGCGCAUUUCGAGUUAUGGAUGAGCUGCUUCAAUUGUGGGAAUUGCAAUCCCUUAUACCUGGUUUUAACGAUCAAAACAUUGACUUAGAUGUCUGUUCUAACUUAGAUUGUGAAUCUAUAAAAGAGUUAAUAAAAGAUGUGGGAAAUAGAAUCAAAUUUAAAAAGAAGUGGGAGGAGCAUUUCAAUAAAAAGUUACCAUCUUAUAAUUCGUUUGAUGCUCACACGCCAGAAGGAAACUUUUCACAAAAUGAAGGAAACGAUUAUCAAAAUUCAUCACAAAAUGAGAAUGAUGAUCCAAAUAAAGAGAACAAUGAAAUACAGUACAUUGGUGAACGAAUGUACAGAGCAUUAAAUUUGCCUUCUGUUAAAGAUACUUUAAUUCAAUCUAAAGAAGGUAAAGCGAUCUUGAAGUAUUAUUCAAAACACAAUGAUCUUACUUCCGAGCACAGAGAUAGAAUGGUAGAUCUUGAGAUCACAAACGCUAUGGACAAGACAGAUGGGUCUUUAACAAAGCACGAGUUCAAGCACUUUGCAUCUAACGUCAAAGAAAUUUUUGCAAUCGAAGAUUUUAAUAUUUACUAUGUUUCUCCAAUUAAGAAAAUGGAUUGCAGAGAUAACCAAUCAGUUCCCGUUAGAGGAAAAUUUGCUGGAAGAUAUAAAAUUAAGUUGCAACAAUGCAAACGGUUAUUAGGGUCUGAAUCUUCUAGAAAUUUCUUGCAAGACUUAGAUGAUGAUCCAGACUUUAAGACUAAUGAAGUUAAAGGCGCUGGCGUUCCUAGUUUCACCUAGAGGAAGAUUCAAAAUCGUAUAAAAUACUCGAAAAAAGCACUGGAAACCAUCUCCGCUGAAGCGGAAUAAAGUAUGAUUGUACAUGCAAGGAUAUCACUGCAGUCAUUGCCGUGCUCAGCCAAACCUACCGUUUCGCCUUAAGCGAUUGGAACGAGAAGAGAAGAUGCGCAGAAAAGGGAUGACUUUGCAACCCUUUAUCAUUGUUGUAGGACAUACAGUUGAAGAAUCAACAACUUUUUGGUAUUCGUUGACAAGAUUAUUUAUACUAUCCCUUCUUCAAUGCAGGCCAU